GCAAUUUGCCAGCAUUUCUUAGCCGUUGGCUGCCCGUCGCUUGCCGAGCUCCCCCUCCCAGCCCAUGUGGCUCUCCCCAUGCUCCAGGAGUGCAACCGGUGCCCAACGCGAUGUGUGUUUGUCAAACCAUGGAAGUGGGCAAGUAUGGCAAGAACGCCACUCAGUCCGGAGACCGGGGGGUCCUGCUGGAGCCUUUCAUCCACCAGGUGGGUGGCCACAGCAGCAUGAUGCGCUACGACGACCAUACCGUCUGCAAGCCCCUCAUCACCAGAGAGCAGCGCUUCUACGAAUCCCUGCCCCCCGAAAUGAAGGAGUUCACACCCGAGUACAAAGGCGUUGUGUCCGUCUGUUUCGAGGGAGACAGCGAUGGCUACAUUAACCUGGUGGCUUAUCCUUACGUGGAGAACGAGGCUCUGGAGCAGGACGACGCGCCGGAGAGGGACCAGCCGCGACGCAAACACUCCCGUCGCAGCCUCCACAGAUCGAGCAGUGGCACCGAGCACAAGGAGGAGAAACCUGGCCUGGCCAGUGACGGCACCGAAAGCAGCAUCCAGGAGAUGAAGAGUCCCAGGGUGGACUUGCACAUCCAUUCAGAUGUUCCGUUUCAGAUGUUGGAUGGGAACAGCGGGCUGAGCUCUGAAAAGAUCAGCUACAACCCCUGGAGCCUGCGCUGUCACAAGCAGCAGCUGAGCCGCAUGCGAUCGGAGUCCAAGGAGCGAAAGCUCUACAAGUUCCUUUUGCUGGAGAACGUGGUGCAUCAUUUCAAGUUUCCUUGUGUACUUGAUCUGAAGAUGGGGACCAGGCAGCACGGAGAUGAUGCCUCGGAGGAGAAGGCCGCUCGGCAGAUGAAGAAGUGUGAACAGAGCACUUCUGCCACCCUGGGGGUGCGCGUGUGUGGGAUGCAGGUCUAUCAGCUGGACACAGGGCACUACCUAUGCAGGAAUAAAUACUAUGGACGCGGCCUUUCCAUCGAGGGCUUCCGCAAUGCCCUCUACCAGUAUCUCCACAACGGCCUAGAGCUGCGCAAGGACCUCUUUGAGCCUGUCCUCGCCAAACUCCGAAAUCUGAAGGCGGUUUUGGAGAGACAGGCCUCCUACCGCUUCUACUCCAGCUCCCUCCUCAUCAUUUACGAUGGGAAAGACAGCCGGGCCGGGAUGUUGGUGGAGCGGCGGGCGGAGAUGCGCCCCAAGCGGGUGGACAGCGCGCUCGGCGAGAGCCCGCAGGCGGGCAGCGGCACGGAGCCUGGCCCCGCGGGGCAGCCCAAGGUGGACGUGCGCAUGAUUGACUUUGCACAUAGCACCUUCAAGGGCUUUCGCGAUGACCCCACUGUGCACGACGGACCUGACGUGGGUUACGUGUUCGGGCUGGAAAGCCUCAUCAACAUCAUGGAACAGAUGCGUGAGGAAAACCAGUAGCCUCGAGCUACGGCCUCUCCUUGUCCUGGUGGCAGGAGCAAAUAAGACCACCUACUACCCCAGGAAAAGCAGACACCUUUUGGUUUUAAACACUUGUAUCGCUCCGUUGUUUUUAAAUGUACUUGGAUAGAAGAGCUAAGGGGAGGCAGGAUGGAAGAGCUCCUGGCGCCUGUCCCAUGGC